CCCAGCCGCUUCUCCAUCUCCUGAAACCUAAUAGCAUCCAGCGCCUUCCACCAACCUUUGUUUGUCGUUAUCGAUACCCUAACCAGUCCUUCUACAGCAAUGGCCGACACAGAAACGUUUGCCUUCCAGGCCGAGAUCAACCAGCUGUUAAGUCUCAUUAUCAACACGUUCUAUAGCAACAAGGAGAUCUUCCUUCGGGAACUGAUCAGCAACUGCUCCGAUGCUUUGGACAAGAUACGGUUUGAGAGCUUGACUGACAAGAGCAAGCUCGAAUCCCAACCUGAGCUUUUCAUUCAUAUUAUUCCUGACAAGGCCAACAACACACUCACCAUUAUCGACAGCGGAGUUGGGAUGACUAAAGCUGAUUUGGUGAACAACCUUGGUACUAUUGCAAGGUCUGGCACUAAGGAAUUCAUGGAAGCUUUGGCUGCCGGUGCUGAUGUGAGCAUGAUCGGACAGUUUGGAGUUGGGUUCUACUCAGCUUACUUGGUUGCUGAGAAGGUUAUUGUGGUCUCAAAGCACAAUGACGAUGAGCAGUAUGUUUGGGAGUCUCAGGCUGGUGGUUCCUUUACUGUAACCAGGGACACCUCUGGUGAGAACCUUGGGAGGGGUACUAAGAUGACCCUCUACCUCAAAGAAGAUCAACUAGAGUACCUUGAGGAGCGCCGCCUCAAAGAUCUCAUCAAGAAGCAUUCUGAGUUCAUCAGCUAUCCAAUUUCUCUCUGGAUAGAGAAGACUACCGAGAAGGAGAUUUCUGAUGAUGAAGAUGAAGAAGAUAAGAAGGAUGAGGAGGGAAAAGUAGAGGAGGUUGACGAGGAAAAAGAGAAGGAAGAAAAGAAAAAGAAGAAGAUCAAGGAGGUAUCUCAUGAGUGGUCAUUAGUGAACAAACAAAAGCCCAUCUGGAUGAGGAAACCAGAGGAGAUCACUAAAGAAGAGUAUGGUGCAUUUUACAAGAGUCUCACGAAUGACUGGGAGGAGCAUCUGGCUGUCAAGCACUUCUCUGUUGAGGGACAGCUUGAGUUCAAGGCUAUCCUAUUUGUCCCUAAGAGGGCACCCUUUGACCUGUUUGACACCAGGAAGAAACAAAACAAUAUCAAGCUCUAUGUCCGCCGUGUAUUCAUCAUGGAUAACUGUGAGGAGUUGAUCCCUGAAUUCCUUGGCUUUGUGAAGGGCAUUGUGGAUUCUGAGGAUCUUCCUCUAAACAUCUCCAGAGAAAUGCUACAGCAGAACAAGAUUCUCAAGGUUAUCCGCAAAAACCUGGUCAAGAAAUGCAUUGAACUCUUCUUUGAGAUUGCUGAGAACAAAGAGGACUACAACAAGUUCUAUGAAGCAUUCUCAAAGAACCUCAAGCUUGGUAUUCAUGAGGAUUCCACGAACCGAACUAAGAUUGCUGAAUUGCUCCGCUACCACUCCACCAAGAGUGGAGAUGAGCUGACCAGCCUGAAGGAUUAUGUCACAAGGAUGAAGGAAGGCCAAAGUGACAUCUAUUAUAUCACUGGCGAGAGCAAGAAGGCAGUUGAAAACUCGCCCUUCCUUGAGAAGCUGAAGAAGAAGGGUUAUGAGGUUCUGUACAUGGUUGACGCAAUUGAUGAAUAUGCAGUGGGUCAGCUGAAAGAGUUCGAGGGUAAGAAGCUUGUUUCCGCAACUAAGGAAGGUUUGAAACUUGAUGAGAGUGAAGAUGAGAAGAAGAAGCAAGAAGAAUUGAAAGAAAAGUUUGAGGGUCUGUGCAAGGUAAUGAAGGACGUGCUGGGAGACAAGGUGGAGAAGGUUGUGGUUUCUGAUCGUGUGGUGGAUUCUCCCUGCUGUUUGGUUACCGGUGAGUAUGGAUGGACUGCUAAUAUGGAGAGGAUCAUGAAGGCUCAAGCUCUGAGAGAUUCAAGCAUGGCUGGUUACAUGUCCAGUAAGAAGACAAUGGAGAUCAACCCUGAGAAUGCCAUCAUGGAGGAGCUGAGGAAGAGAGCUGAUGCAGAUAAGAACGACAAGUCAGUCAAGGAUUUGGUCCUCCUGCUCUUCGAGACUGCCAUGCUUACCUCUGGCUUCAGCUUGGAUGACCCCAACACCUUCGGCAAUAGGAUCCACAGAAUGUUGAAGCUGGGGUUGAGCAUUGAUGAAGAUAGUGCCGAAGCUGACACUGAUAUGCCGCCUUUGGAGGAAGCUGAUGCUGAUGCUGAAGGGAGCAAGAUGGAGGAGGUCGAUUAAAUCUGAUUAAUUGAAAACUUAGAUAUCUAAUUUCUAUAAUCUGUUGGUUGGGUAUGUUUAUUUUUGUGAUUGUCCUUUAGUUUUCUGGAGUUGGUAAGAGGAAUAGAUCUUUAUAAUAUUGUUGGGACAAAAUGGUGUUUUGUCGUAGCUCUUUAUCCUAUUUCUUUUGCUAUGAACGAAUUUCUUCUUUUUGUCUUCUCCUGCUAAUACAGGGAAUGAAUUUCUUCCU